UUCGGAACAAAAGGACUUGUUUGUACAAUGAAGAACAAAAUGUCCCCUUUUCGAAGUCCACAAAGGAACUGUUGGUCCUAAUUGAUGCAAUUAGGAACAACAGUUCCUUUUUUGACGCGUUCCCAAUUGAGGACCACCACUCAAAAAGAACAAAAGUUCCUGUUUGCUACGGUUAAUAGACUUAAAAGGGAACGCCUGUUCCUAAGUGGUUAAAAGUAUAGGAACAGUGGGACCGAUUUGGCCUAAAUGGUGCCGUUUCUUUGCGAAAAGGAACAACAAAAGGGCCACAAUGGACCGAAGUGGGGUGUUCCCUUUUUCGAAAACAUGAACAAAAGUUCCGCAUCUGUGGUUUUGUUUCUCAAUCUCAAAAGAUAUGAUUUUUCAAAGCGAUGCCUAGAAUCGCACAAGCUGUGCAAAAGCAAGGGCAUGCCGAGGCUUGCUUGGGCAUGCCAUUUUGGUUUAUCGUGCCCACAACCAAUAGACUGCUGCCACUAUUUCGAGACUGUCGCGUGGCAGUGUUAGAUUGGCUCUUUUCACGUAUUUGAUAGCAUUAAACAUGCGGUACGCCGCAUACGUUUCUCAUUCUCGCAUUAACCGUUGCUGACAAGAGAUGGUAAAGCAGGGAAUGUGAUAAACUGGUCGCUUCUUCCAAAUGCUGCGAAGAAACCAAAAAGAAUGCACUUAGAAGAAGACGAAAAUGACGGGCUGUUUCACUGCCCUGUACCAGACUGCCAUAACGAUGGGUUUGGAACUCAAAGAGGGUGUAGAAAACACGUCAAGAAAAAGCACCCAUGGUUUUAUUACUUUGAUGAGAAACCCAGCGACUCAGACAUCGAAGCUUCUCGAAACCAAAUGGAAAAGGAGAAGGGGCAACGACAUUCAAGUAAUGGCGUCCCAUCGUUUGACAUGUCUUGCACGUUUGCUGAACAAUUCACCGCGUGGCUCAAGAGCAGUGGAGGGGGCUGCAAAAGUGAUCGACAAGCGCAGCAACUGAGCGAGUGGCAGUUGGGUCAUGCCGGUCGAAUCGGAUACCUGGACGCCAUUGCAGAACUAGUGACCUACAGGAAAGUAAACGGAGUAUCGGAAGCGGUGUUUAGAGGGCUGUCUACGACGGACACAUACUUGAAAAAGGUGCGUAAGACCGUCUCAAAAAUGAUGCGACUACAGUGGACUAGCGAUUUAGACAUCGAUGUGCUAGAGGCCAAAGGGCACUGGGCAACCAUGGACGAGCUCCUUGGUGUGGUGUCUCGCUACUUGCCCCGCUACCAGGCCGUGCUGAGAACAUGCAAGGACACGCCCGACAGCUCGUCUCCGUUUGAUCUGUCGUUUGCCACUAAAUUUCUCGCCGUUUAUCUGUUUAUCCAAGUCAAGGGCUCGCGGCCAAUGACGUAUCAGUAUCUGACUGUGGACAUGGUGCGCACUGCCAAGACUAACGGAGGUUUUGUCGACCAAAAAAUGUUCAAAACAGCGGGCAAGUACGGCUUCGACUCGCUCCUUCUGACCGACACAAACAGGAGUGUGCUCGAGGGAUACAUAACCCACAUUCGCCCGCUACUCAAACCCAAGUGUGAGUACGUCGUAGUUACGAGAAACGGGGGUCAGCACAACAAGCUCGGUGAGCUGAUGAGCAAACUUGUGUUUGAAGCGACUGGCAAGUAUGUUCACCCCACACGAUACCGACAAAUCGUCGAGACGUCUAGUUGCAAAGUGCUAAAAAGUGCCGAUCGAAGCGCCAUCUCUGGAGAUCAGAAGCACAGCUCGAACGUCGCCAAAGUGCACUGUCGCAAGCAGCGUUCACGCGAAGUCGCCACAAAGGCGCGCGAAUGCCUCGAAAAACUACACGGCGACAGUGGCACCAAGCUGGACAAAGAGGUUCUAACGAGGCUCUUCGACCUUUCAAACUCUUCAGAGGAUCAAGACGACUGCACGAAGUCGUGCUCUUCAACGGACGAAGUUCAAGAAAUCUCCACACCGCCAGCAGCGAGAAUUAAGCCUUCAGCCCGCGAACUACCGGCAAAGCAGAAGCGCGAAGACGCUUUUGUGAUGACAGAACUAUGCCCGGCUCGCAGAAAAUCGCUCCUUUUUACGCCCGAAGAGGACAAGUAUCUUAAAGUUGGUCUCAAAAGAUACGGGUUCGUGCAGUGGACUUCGAUCUUAAGAGACCCCGACUUCCAUUUCCAAAAAGGGAGGAGCCCCAACUCGUUGCUCAAUAGAGCAAACAGAAAAUACGGCACCAUGGAUAACCACUUAGUGGACAGGAAAGGCUAG